AUGUUAAUGUCCUCCAUUCCUUCAGAUGCCACCAGUGCCGCAGCCAGCCUGACCGCCUCUGCUCCUUCAGGUGCCACCAUCAGCCUGGUGAACGGCGGGAGCCGCUGCGAGGGUCGCGUGGAGAUUUCCCACUCUGGGGGCCGGGGCACUGUCUGUGAUGAUGGCUGGGACCUGAGCGAUGCCCAGGUGGUGUGCAGGCAGCUGGGAUGUGGAGAUGCUGUUUCUGCAACAUCAGGGGCCUACUUUGGACAAGGCAGUGGCAGCAUCUACCUGGACGAUGUGAACUGUGCAGGCUGGGAGUCAUCCAUCUUCCAGUGCAGUCACCGUGGUUGGGGUGUCCACAAUUGCGGCCACAAUGAAGAUGCUGGUGUUGUGUGUUCAGGUACAACGGGUUUGACUGCCUGCAUACUAUGGCUAAAAUCUCUUCCCACGUUUUCCACACCUCCUUCUCUCCCAGGUGCCACCAUCAGCCUGGUGAACGGCGGGAGCCGCUGCGAGGGUCGCGUGGAGAUUUCCCACUCUGGGGGCCGGGGCACUGUCUGUGAUGAUGACUGGGACCUGAGCGAUGCCCAGGUGGUGUGCAGGCAGCUGGGAUGUGGAGAUGCUGUUUCUGCAACAUCAGGGGCCUCCUUUGGACAAGGCAGUGGCAGCAUCUACCUGGAUGAUGUGAACUGCACAGGCUGGGAGUCAUCCAUCUUCCAGUGCAGCCACCGUGGUUGGGGCGUCCACAAUUGCGGCCACAAUGAAGAUGCUGGUGUUGUGUGUUCAGGUACCACGGGUUUCACUGCCUAUAAUGCCUUUGUGCUAAAAUCUCUUCCCACAUUUUCCACACCUCCUUCUCUCCCAGGUGCCACCAUCAGCCUGGUGAACGGCGGGAGCCGCUGCGAGGGUCGCGUGGAGAUUUCCCACUCUGGGGGCCGGGGCACUGUCUGUGAUGAUGGCUGGGACCUGAGCGAUGCCCAGGUGGUGUGCAGGCAGCUGGGAUGUGGAGAUGCUGUUUCUGCAACAUCAGGGGCCUACUUUGGACAAGGCAGUGGCAGCAUCUACCUGGACGAUGUGAACUGUGCAGGCUGGGAGUCAUCCAUCUUCCAGUGCAGUCACCGUGGUUGGGGCGUCCACAAUUGCGGCCACAGUGAAGAUGCUGGUGUUGUGUGUUCAGGUACCACUUCUCUCCCAGGUGCCACCAUCAGCCUGGUGAACGGCGGGAGCCGCUGCGAGGGUCGCGUGGAGAUUUCCCACUCUGGGGGCCGGGGCACUGUCUGUGAUGAUGACUGGGACCUGAGCGAUGCCCAGGUGGUGUGCAGGCAGCUGGGAUGUGGAGAUGCGGUUUCUGCAACAUCAGGGGCCUCCUUUGGACAAGGCAGUGGCAGCAUCUACCUGGACGAUGUGAACUGUGCAGGCUGGGAGUCAUCCAUCUUCCAGUGCAGCCACCGUGGUUGGGGCGUCCACAAUUGUGGCCACAGUGAAGAUGCUGGUGUUGUGUGCUCAGGUACCACUGGUGCCACCAUCAGCCUGGUGAACGGCGGGAGCCGCUGCGAGGGUCGCGUGGAGAUUUCCCACUCUGGGGGCCGGGGCACUGUCUGUGAUGAUGACUGGGACCUGAGCGAUGCCCAGGUGGUGUGCAGGCAGCUGGGAUGUGGAGAUGCUGUUUCUGCAACAUCAGGGGCCUACUUUGGACAAGGCAGUGGCAGCAUCUACCUGGAUGAUGUGAACUGUGCAGGCUGGGAGUCAUCCAUCUUCCAGUGCAGUCACCGUGGUUGGGGCGUCCACAAUUGCGGCCACAAUGAAGAUGCUGGUGUUGUGUGCUCAGGAAAUGCCUUUGUGCUAAAAUCUCUUCCCAUGUUUUCCACACCUCCUUCUCUCCCAGGUGCCACCAUCAGCCUGGUGAACGGCGGGAGCCGCUGCGAGGGUCGCGUGGAGAUUUCCCACUCUGGGGGCCGGGGCACUGUCUGUGAUGAUGACUGGGACCUGAGCGAUGCCCAGGUGGUGUGCAGGCAGCUGGGAUGUGGAGAUGCUGUUUCUGCAACAUCAGGGGCCUACUUUGGACAAGGCAGUGGCAGCAUCUACCUGGACGAUGUGAACUGUGCAGGCUGGGAGUCAUCCAUCUUCCAGUGCAGCCACCGUGGUUGGGGCGUCCACAAUUGUGGCCACAGUGAAGAUGCUGGUGUUGUGUGCUCAGGUACCACUGGUGCCACCAUCAGCCUGGUGAACGGCGGGAGCCGCUGCGAGGGUCGCGUGGAGAUUUCCCACUCUGGGGGCCGGGGCACUGUCUGUGAUGAUGGCUGGGACAUGAGCGAUGCCCAGGUGGUGUGCAGGCAGCUGGGAUGUGGAGAUGCUGUUUCUGCAACAUCAGGGGCCUCCUUUGGACAAGGCAGUGGCAGCAUCUACCUGGACGAUGUGAACUGUGCAGGCUGGGAGUCAUCCAUCUUCCAGUGCAGCCACCGUGGUUGGGGCGUCCACAAUUGCGGCCACAAUGAAGAUGCUGGUGUUGUGUGUUCAGGUACCACGGGUUUCACUGCCUGUGCCACCAUCAGCCUGGUGAACGGCGGGAGCCGCUGCGAGGGUCGCGUGGAGAUUUCCCACUCUGGGGGCCGGGGCACUGUCUGUGAUGAUGACUGGGACCUGAGCGAUGCCCAGGUGGUGUGCAGGCAGCUGGGAUGUGGAGAUGCUGUUUCUGCAACAUCAGGGGCCUACUUUGGACAAGGCAGUGGCAGCAUCUACCUGGACGAUGUGAACUGUGCAGGCUGGGAGUCAUCCAUCUUCCAGUGCAGCCACCGUGGUUGGGGCGUCCACAAUUGUGGCCACAGUGAAGAUGCUGGUGUUGUGUGUUCAGAUGCUGCCAACAUAACUACAGACAACCCCUUCAUCUCUAAUUCUUCAGAUGCUGCAAGAAUAACUACAGAGAGCCCCAUCUCCAUUCCUUCAGGUGCCACCAUCAGCCUGGUGAACGGCGGGAGCCGCUGCGAGGGUCGCGUGGAGAUUUCCCACUCUGGGGGCCGGGGCACUGUCUGUGAUGAUGGCUGGGACAUGAGCGAUGCCCAGGUGGUGUGCAGGCAGCUGGGAUGUGGAGAUGCUGUUUCUGCAACAUCAGGGGCCUCCUUUGGACAAGGCAGUGGCAGCAUCUACCUGGACGAUGUGAACUGCACAGGCUGGGAGUCAUCCAUCUUCCAGUGCAGCCACCGUGGUUGGGGCGUCCACAAUUGCGGCCACAAUGAAGAUGCUGCUGCCACAAGCACAACUACAUUCAGCCCCAUCUCCGUUCCUUCAGGUGCCACCAUCAGCCUGGUGAACGGCGGGAGCCGCUGCGAGGGUCGCGUGGAGAUUUCCCACUCUGGGGGCCGGGGCACUGUCUGUGAUGAUGACUGGGACCUGAGCGAUGCCCAGGUGGUGUGCAGGCAGCUGGGAUGUGGAGAUGCGGUUUCUGCAACAUCAGGGGCCUCCUUUGGACAAGGCAGUGGCAGCAUCUACCUGGACGAUGUGAACUGUGCAGGCUGGGAGUCAUCCAUCUUCCAGUGCAGCCACCGUGAUGCUGCCAACAUAACUACAGACAACCCCUUCAUCUCUAAUUCUUCAGAUGCUGCAAGAAUAACUACAGAGAGCCCCAUCUCCAUUCCUUCAGGUGCCACCAUCAGCCUGGUGAACGGCGGGAGCCGCUGCGAGGGUCGCGUGGAGAUUUCCCACUCUGGGGGCCGGGGCACUGUCUGUGAUGAUGACUGGGACCUGAGCGAUGCCCAGGUGGUGUGCAGGCAGCUGGGAUGUGGAGAUGCUGUUUCUGCAACAUCAGGGGCCUACUUUGGACAAGGCAGUGGCAGCAUCUACCUGGAUGAUGUGAACUGUGCAGGCUGGGAGUCAUCCAUCUUCCAGUGCAGCCACCGUGGCUGGGGCGUCCACAAUUGCGGCCACAAUGAAGAUGCUGGUGUUGUGUGUUCAGGUACCACGGAAAGUGCCACCAUCAGCCUGGUGAACGGCGGGAGCCGCUGCGAGGGUCGCGUGGAGAUUUCCCACUCUGGGGGCCGGGGCACUGUCUGUGAUGAUGACUGGGACCUGAGCGAUGCCCAGGUGGUGUGCAGGCAGCUGGGAUGUGGAGAUGCUGUUUCUGCAACAUCAGGGGCCUACUUUGGACAAGGCAGUGGCAGCAUCUACCUGGACGAUGUGAACUGUGCAGGCUGGGAGUCAUCCAUCUUCCAGUGCAGCCACCGUGGUUGGGGCGUCCACAAUUGUGGCCACAGUGAAGAUGCUGGUGUUGUGUGCUCAGGUACCACUGAGAGUGCCACCAUCAGCCUGGUGAACGGCGGGAGCCGCUGCGAGGGUCGCGUGGAGAUUUCCCACUCUGGGGGCCGGGGCACUGUCUGUGAUGAUGGCUGGGACAUGAGCGAUGCCCAGGUGGUGUGCAGGCAGCUGGGAUGUGGAGAUGCUGUUUCUGCAACAUCAGGGGCCUCCUUUGGACAAGGCAGUGGCAGCAUCUACCUGGACGAUGUGAACUGUGCAGGCUGGGAGUCAUCCAUCUUCCAGUGCAGCCACCGUGGUUGGGGCGUCCACAAUUGCGGCCACAAUGAAGAUGCUGGUGUUGUGUGUUCAGGUACCACGGGAAAUGCCUUUGUGCUAAAAUCUCUUCCCACGUUUUCCACACCUCCUUCUCUCCCAGGUGCCACCAUCAGCCUGGUGAACGGCGGGAGCCGCUGCGAGGGUCGCGUGGAGAUUUCCCACUCUGGGGGCCGGGGCACUGUCUGUGAUGAUGACUGGGACCUGAGCGAUGCCCAGGUGGUGUGCAGGCAGCUGGGAUGUGGAGAUGCUGUUUCUGCAACAUCAGGGGCCUACUUUGGACAAGGCAGUGGCAGCAUCUACCUGGACGAUGUGAACUGUGCAGGCUGGGAGUCAUCCAUCUUCCAGUGCAGCCACCGUGGUUGGGGCGUCCACAAUUGUGGCCACAGUGAAGAUGCUGGUGUUGUGUGCUCAGGUACCACUGGUUUGACUGCCUGCAUACUAUGGCUAAAAUCUCUUCCCACGUUUUCCACACCUCCUUCUCUCCCAGGUGCCACCAUCAGCCUGGUGAACGGCGGGAGCCGCUGCGAGGGUCGCGUGGAGAUUUCCCACUCUGGGGGCCGGGGCACUGUCUGUGAUGAUGGCUGGGACAUGAGCGAUGCCCAGGUGGUGUGCAGGCAGCUGGGAUGUGGAGAUGCUGUUUCUGCAACAUCAGGGGCCUCCUUUGGACAAGGCAGUGGCAGCAUCUACCUGGACGAUGUGAACUGCACAGGCUGGGAGUCAUCCAUCUUCCAGUGCAGCCACCGUGGUUGGGGCGUCCACAAUUGCGGCCACAAUGAAGAUGCUGGUGUUGUGUGUUCAGGUACCACGGGAAAUGCCUUUGUGCUAAAAUCUCUUCCCACGUUUUCCACACCUCCUUCUCUCCCAGGUGCCACCAUCAGCCUGGUGAACGGCGGGAGCCGCUGCGAGGGUCGCGUGGAGAUUUCCCACUCUGGGGGCCGGGGCACUGUCUGUGAUGAUGGCUGGGACCUGAGCGAUGCCCAGGUGGUGUGCAGGCAGCUGGGAUGUGGAGAUGCUGUUUCUGCAACAUCAGGGGCCUACUUUGGACAAGGCAGUGGCAGCAUCUACCUGGACGAUGUGAACUGUGCAGGCUGGGAGUCAUCCAUCUUCCAGUGCAGCCACCGUGGUUGGGGCGUCCACAAUUGCGGCCACAAUGAAGAUGCUGGUGUUGUGUGCUCAGGUACCACUGGUUUGACUGCCUGCAUACUAUGGCUAAAAUCUCUUCCCACGUUUUCCACACCUCCUUCUCUCCCAGGUGCCACCAUCAGCCUGGUGAACGGCGGGAGCCGCUGCGAGGGUCGCGUGGAGAUUUCCCACUCUGGGGGCUGGGGCACUGUCUGUGAUGAUGGCUGGGACAUGAGCGAUGCCCAGGUGGUGUGCAGGCAGCUGGGAUGUGGAGAUGCUGUUUCUGCAACAUCAGGGGCCUCCUUUGGACAAGGCAAUGGCAGCAUCUACCUGGACGAUGUGAACUGCACAGGCUGGGAGUCAUCCAUCUUCCAGUGCAGCCACCGUGGUUGGGGCGUCCACAAUUGCGGCCACAAUGAAGAUGCUGGUGUUGUGUGUUCAGGUACCACGGGAAAUGCCUUUGUGCUAAAAUCUCUUCCCACGUUUUCCACACCUCCUUCUCUCCCAGGUGCCACCAUCAGCCUGGUGAACGGCGGGAGCCGCUGCGAGGGUCGCGUGGAGAUUUCCCACUCUGGGGGCCGGGGCACUGUCUGUGAUGAUGACUGGGACCUGAGCGAUGCCCAGGUGGUGUGCAGGCAGCUGGGAUGUGGAGAUGCUGUUUCUGCAACAUCAGGGGCCUCCUUUGGACAAGGCAGUGGCAGCAUCUACCUGGACGAUGUGAACUGUGCAGGCUGGGAGUCAUCCAUCUUCCAGUGCAGCCACCGUGGUUGGGGCGUCCACAAUUGUGGCCACAGUGAAGAUGCUGGUGUUGUGUGUUCAGAUGCUGCCAACAUAACUACAGACAACCCCUUCAUCUCUAAUUCUUCAGAUGCUGCAAGAAUAACUACAGAGAGCCCCAUCUCCAUUCCUUCAGGUGCCACCAUCAGCCUGGUGAACGGCGGGAGCCGCUGCGAGGGUCGCGUGGAGAUUUCCCACUCUGGGGGCCGGGGCACUGUCUGUGAUGAUGACUGGGACAUGAGCGAUGCCCAGGUGGUGUGCAGGCAGCUGGGAUGUGGAGAUGCUGUUUCUGCAACAUCAGGGGCCUCCUUUGGACAAGGCAGUGGCAGCAUCUACCUGGAUGAUGUGAACUGUGCAGGCUGGGAGUCAUCCAUCUUCCAGUGCAGUCACCGUGGUUGGGGCGUCCACAAUUGCGGCCACAAUGAAGAUGCUGGUGUUGUGUGCUCAGGUACCACGGGUGCCACCAUCAGCCUGGUGAACGGCGGGAGCCGCUGCGAGGGUCGCGUGGAGAUUUCCCACUCUGGGGGCCGGGGCACUGUCUGUGAUGAUGACUGGGACCUGAGCGAUGCCCAGGUGGUGUGCAGGCAGCUGGGAUGUGGAGAUGCUGUUUCUGCAACAUCAGGGGCCUCCUUUGGACAAGGCAGUGGCAGCAUCUACCUGGACGAUGUGAACUGUGCAGGCUGGGAGUCAUCCAUCUUCCAGUGCAGCCACCGUGGUUGGGGCGUCCACAAUUGUGGCCACAGUGAAGAUGCUGGUGUUGUGUGUUCAGGUACAACGGGUGCCACCAUCAGCCUGGUGAACGGCGGGAGCCGCUGCGAGGGUCGCGUGGAGAUUUCCCACUCUGGGGGCCGGGGCACUGUCUGUGAUGAUGGCUGGGACAUGAGCGAUGCCCAGGUGGUGUGCAGGCAGCUGGGAUGUGGAGAUGCUGUUUCUGCAACAUCAGGGGCCUCCUUUGGACAAGGCAGUGGCAGCAUCUACCUGGACGAUGUGAACUGUGCAGGCUGGGAGUCAUCCAUCUUCCAGUGCAGCCACCGUGGUUGGGGCGUCCACAAUUGCGGCCACAAUGAAGAUGCUGGUGUUGUGUGUUCAGGUACCACGGAAAGUGCCACCAUCAGCCUGGUGAACGGCGGGAGCCGCUGCGAGGGUCGCGUGGAGAUUUCCCACUCUGGGGGCCGGGGCACUGUCUGUGAUGAUGACUGGGACCUGAGCGAUGCCCAGGUGGUGUGCAGGCAGCUGGGAUGUGGAGAUGCUGUUUCUGCAACAUCAGGGGCCUACUUUGGACAAGGCAGUGGCAGCAUCUACCUGGACGAUGUGAACUGUGCAGGCUGGGAGUCAUCCAUCUUCCAGUGCAGCCACCGUGGUUGGGGCGUCCACAAUUGUGGCCACAGUGAAGAUGCUGGUGUUGUGUGUUCAGGUACCACGGGUGCCACCAUCAGCCUGGUGAACGGCGGGAGCCGCUGCGAGGGUCGCGUGGAGAUUUCCCACUCUGGGGGCCGGGGCACUGUCUGUGAUGAUGACUGGGACAUGAGCGAUGCCCAGGUGGUGUGCAGGCAGCUGGGAUGUGGAGAUGCUGUUUCUGCAACAUCAGGGGCCUACUUUGGACAAGGCAGUGGCAGCAUCUACCUGGAUGAUGUGAACUGUGCAGGCUGGGAGUCAUCCAUCUUCCAGUGCAGUCACCGUGGUUGGGGCGUCCACAAUUGCGGCCACAAUGAAGAUGCUGGUGUUGUGUGCUCAGGUACCACGGGUGCCACCAUCAGCCUGGUGAACGGCGGGAGCCGCUGCGAGGGUCGCGUGGAGAUUUCCCACUCUGGGGGCCGGGGCACUGUCUGUGAUGAUGACUGGGACCUGAGCGAUGCCCAGGUGGUGUGCAGGCAGCUGGGAUGUGGAGAUGCUGUUUCUGCAACAUCAGGGGCCUCCUUUGGACAAGGCAGUGGCAGCAUCUACCUGGACGAUGUGAACUGUGCAGGCUGGGAGUCAUCCAUCUUCCAGUGCAGCCACCGUGGUUGGGGCGUCCACAAUUGUGGCCACAGUGAAGAUGCUGGUGUUGUGUGUUCAGGUACAACGGGUGCCACCAUCAGCCUGGUGAACGGCGGGAGCCGCUGCGAGGGUCGCGUGGAGAUUUCCCACUCUGGGGGCCGGGGCACUGUCUGUGAUGAUGACUGGGACAUGAGCGAUGCCCAGGUGGUGUGCAGGCAGCUGGGAUGUGGAGAUGCUGUUUCUGCAACAUCAGGGGCCUACUUUGGACAAGGCAGUGGCAGCAUCUACCUGGAUGAUGUGAACUGUGCAGGCUGGGAGUCAUCCAUCUUCCAGUGCAGUCACCGUGGUUGGGGCGUCCACAAUUGCGGCCACAAUGAAGAUGCUGGUGUUGUGUGCUCAGGUACCACGGGAAAUGCCUUUGUGCUAAAAUCUCUUCCCACGUUUUCCACACCUCCUUCUCUCCCAGGUGCCACCAUCAGCCUGGUGAACGGCGGGAGCCGCUGCGAGGGUCGCGUGGAGAUUUCCCACUCUGGGGGCCGGGGCACUGUCUGUGAUGAUGACUGGGACAUGAGCGAUGCCCAGGUGGUGUGCAGGCAGCUGGGAUGUGGAGAUGCUGUUUCUGCAACAUCAGGGGCCUCCUUUGGACAAGGCAGUGGCAGCAUCUACCUGGACGAUGUGAACUGCACAGGCUGGGAGUCAUCCAUCUUCCAGUGCAGCCACCGUGGUUGGGGCGUCCACAAUUGUGGCCACAGUGAAGAUGCUGGUGUUGUGUGUUCAGGUACAACGGGUUUGACUGCCUGCAUACUAUGGCUAAAAUCUCUUCCCACGUUUUCCACACCUCCUUCUCUCCCAGGUGCCACCAUCAGCCUGGUGAACGGCGGGAGCCGCUGCGAGGGUCGCGUGGAGAUUUCCCACUCUGGGGGCCGGGGCACUGUCUGUGAUGAUGGCUGGGACAUGAGCGAUGCCCAGGUGGUGUGCAGGCAGCUGGGAUGUGGAGAUGCUGUUUCUGCAACAUCAGGGGCCUCCUUUGGACAAGGCAAUGGCAGCAUCUACCUGGACGAUGUGAACUGCACAGGCUGGGAGUCAUCCAUCUUCCAGUGCAGCCACCGUGGUUGGGGCAUCCACAAUUGCGGCCACAAUGAAGAUGCUGGUGUUGUGUGUUCAGGUACCACGGGUUUGACUGCCUGUGCCACCAUCAGCCUGGUGAACGGCGGGAGCCGCUGCGAGGGUCGCGUGGAGAUUUCCCACUCUGGGGGCCGGGGCACUGUCUGUGAUGAUGACUGGGACCUGAGCGAUGCCCAGGUGGUGUGCAGGCAGCUGGGAUGUGGAGAUGCUGUUUCUGCAACAUCAGGGGCCUCCUUUGGACAAGGCAGUGGCAGCAUCUACCUGGACGAUGUGAACUGUGCAGGCUGGGAGUCAUCCAUCUUCCAGUGCAGCCACCGUGGUUGGGGCGUCCACAAUUGUGGCCACAGUGAAGAUGCUGGUGUUGUGUGUUCAGGUACAACGGGUUUGACUGCCUGCAUACUAUGGCUAAAAUCUCUUCCCACGUUUUCCACACCUCCUUCUCUCCCAGGUGCCACCAUCAGCCUGGUGAACGGCGGGAGCCGCUGCGAGGGUCGCGUGGAGAUUUCCCACUCUGGGGGCCGGGGCACUGUCUGUGAUGAUGGCUGGGACCUGAGCGAUGCCCAGGUGGUGUGCAGGCAGCUGGGAUGUGGAGAUGCUGUUUCUGCAACAUCAGGGGCCUCCUUUGGACAAGGCAGUGGCAGCAUCUACCUGGAUGAUGUGAACUGUGCAGGCUGGGAGUCAUCCAUCUUCCAGUGCAGCCACCGUGGCUGGGGCGUCCACAAUUGCGGCCACAAUGAAGAUGCUGGUGUUGUGUGCUCAGGUACCACUGGAAAUGCCUUUGUGCUAAAAUCUCUUCCCACGUUUUCCACACCUCCUUCUCUCCCAGGUGCCACCAUCAGCCUGGUGAACGGCGGGAGCCGCUGCGAGGGUCGCGUGGAGAUUUCCCACUCUGGGGGCCGGGGCACUGUCUGUGAUGAUGACUGGGACCUGAGCGAUGCCCAGGUGGUGUGCAGGCAGCUGGGAUGUGGAGAUGCUGUUUCUGCAACAUCAGGGGCCUACUUUGGACAAGGCAGUGGCAGCAUCUACCUGGACGAUGUGAACUGUGCAGGCUGGGAGUCAUCCAUCUUCCAGUGCAGCCACCGUGGUUGGGGCGUCCACAAUUGUGGCCACAGUGAAGAUGCUGGUGUUGUGUGUUCAGGUACCACGGGUGCCACCAUCAGCCUGGUGAACGGCGGGAGCCGCUGCGAGGGUCGCGUGGAGAUUUCCCACUCUGGGGGCCGGGGCACUGUCUGUGAUGAUGGCUGGGACCUGAGCGAUGCCCAGGUGGUGUGCAGGCAGCUGGGAUGUGGAGAUGCUGUUUCUGCAACAUCAGGGGCCUCCUUUGGACAAGGCAGUGGCAGCAUCUACCUGGACGAUGUGAACUGUGCAGGCUGGGAGUCAUCCAUCUUCCAGUGCAGCCACCGUGGCUGGGGCGUCCACAAUUGCGGCCACAAUGAAGAUGCUGGUGUUGUGUGCUCAGGUACCACUGGAAAUGCCUUUGUGCUAAAAUCUCUUCCCACGUUUUCCACACCUCCUUCUCUCCCAGGUGCCACCAUCAGCCUGGUGAACGGCGGGAGCCGCUGCGAGGGUCGCGUGGAGAUUUCCCACUCUGGGGGCCGGGGCACUGUCUGUGAUGAUGACUGGGACCUGAGCGAUGCCCAGGUGGUGUGCAGGCAGCUGGGAUGUGGAGAUGCUGUUUCUGCAACAUCAGGGGCCUCCUUUGGACAAGGCAGUGGCAGCAUCUACCUGGACGAUGUGAACUGUGCAGGCUGGGAGUCAUCCAUCUUCCAGUGCAGCCACCGUGGUUGGGGCGUCCACAAUUGUGGCCACAGUGAAGAUGCUGGUGUUGUGUGUUCAGGUACCACGGGUUUGACUGCCUGCAUACUAUGGCUAAAAUCUCUUCCCACGUUUUCCACACCUCCUUCUCUCCCAGGUGCCACCAUCAGCCUGGUGAACGGCGGGAGCCGCUGCGAGGGUCGCGUGGAGAUUUCCCACUCUGGGGGCCGGGGCACUGUCUGUGAUGAUGGCUGGGACCUGAGCGAUGCCCAGGUGGUGUGCAGGCAGCUGGGAUGUGGAGAUGCUGUUUCUGCAACAUCAGGGGCCUCCUUUGGACAAGGCAGUGGCAGCAUCUACCUGGAUGAUGUGAACUGUGCAGGCUGGGAGUCAUCCAUCUUCCAGUGCAGCCACCGUGGCUGGGGCGUCCACAAUUGCGGCCACAAUGAAGAUGCUGGUGUUGUGUGCUCAGGUACCACUGGAAAUGCCUUUGUGCUAAAAUCUCUUCCCACGUUUUCCACACCUCCUUCUCUCCCAGGUGCCACCAUCAGCCUGGUGAACGGCGGGAGCCGCUGCGAGGGUCGCGUGGAGAUUUCCCACUCUGGGGGCCGGGGCACUGUCUGUGAUGAUGACUGGGACCUGAGCGAUGCCCAGGUGGUGUGCAGGCAGCUGGGAUGUGGAGAUGCUGUUUCUGCAACAUCAGGGGCCUACUUUGGACAAGGCAGUGGCAGCAUCUACCUGGACGAUGUGAACUGUGCAGGCUGGGAGUCAUCCAUCUUCCAGUGCAGCCACCGUGGUUGGGGCGUCCACAAUUGUGGCCACAGUGAAGAUGCUGGUGUUGUGUGUUCAGGUACCACGGGUUUGACUGCCUGCAUACUAUGGCUAAAAUCUCUUCCCACGUUUUCCACACCUCCUUCUCUCCCAGGUGCCACCAUCAGCCUGGUGAACGGCGGGAGCCGCUGCGAGGGUCGCGUGGAGAUUUCCCACUCUGGGGGCCGGGGCACUGUCUGUGAUGAUGGCUGGGACCUGAGCGAUGCCCAGGUGGUGUGCAGGCAGCUGGGAUGUGGAGAUGCUGUUUCUGCAACAUCAGGGGCCUCCUUUGGACAAGGCAGUGGCAGCAUCUACCUGGAUGAUGUGAACUGUGCAGGCUGGGAGUCAUCCAUCUUCCAGUGCAGCCACCGUGGCUGGGGCGUCCACAAUUGCGGCCACAAUGAAGAUGCUGGUGUUGUGUGCUCAGGUACCACUGGAAAUGCCUUUGUGCUAAAAUCUCUUCCCACGUUUUCCACACCUCCUUCUCUCCCAGGUGCCACCAUCAGCCUGGUGAACGGCGGGAGCCGCUGCGAGGGUCGCGUGGAGAUUUCCCACUCUGGGGGCCGGGGCACUGUCUGUGAUGAUGACUGGGACCUGAGCGAUGCCCAGGUGGUGUGCAGGCAGCUGGGAUGUGGAGAUGCUGUUUCUGCAACAUCAGGGGCCUCCUUUGGACAAGGCAGUGGCAGCAUCUACCUGGACGAUGUGAACUGUGCAGGCUGGGAGUCAUCCAUCUUCCAGUGCAGCCACCGUGGUUGGGGCGUCCACAAUUGUGGCCACAGUGAAGAUGCUGGUGUUGUGUGUUCAGGUACCACGGGUGCCACCAUCAGCCUGGUGAACGGCGGGAGCCGCUGCGAGGGUCGCGUGGAGAUUUCCCACUCUGGGGGCCGGGGCACUGUCUGUGAUGAUGGCUGGGACCUGAGCGAUGCCCAGGUGGUGUGCAGGCAGCUGGGAUGUGGAGAUGCUGUUUCUGCAACAUCAGGGGCCUCCUUUGGACAAGGCAGUGGCAGCAUCUACCUGGAUGAUGUGAACUGUGCAGGCUGGGAGUCAUCCAUCUUCCAGUGCAGCCACCGUGGCUGGGGCGUCCACAAUUGCGGCCACAAUGAAGAUGCUGGUGUUGUGUGCUCAGGUACCACUGGAAAUGCCUUUGUGCUAAAAUCUCUUCCCACGUUUUCCACACCUCCUUCUCUCCCAGGUGCCACCAUCAGCCUGGUGAACGGCGGGAGCCGCUGCGAGGGUCGCGUGGAGAUUUCCCACUCUGGGGGCCGGGGCACUGUCUGUGAUGAUGACUGGGACCUGAGCGAUGCCCAGGUGGUGUGCAGGCAGCUGGGAUGUGGAGAUGCUGUUUCUGCAACAUCAGGGGCCUCCUUUGGACAAGGCAGUGGCAGCAUCUACCUGGACGAUGUGAACUGUGCAGGCUGGGAGUCAUCCAUCUUCCAGUGCAGCCACCGUGGUUGGGGCGUCCACAAUUGUGGCCACAGUGAAGAUGCUGGUGUUGUGUGUUCAGGUACCACGGGUUUGACUGCCUGCAUACUAUGGCUAAAAUCUCUUCCCACGUUUUCCACACCUCCUUCUCUCCCAGGUGCCACCAUCAGCCUGGUGAACGGCGGGAGCCGCUGCGAGGGUCGCGUGGAGAUUUCCCACUCUGGGGGCCGGGGCACUGUCUGUGAUGAUGGCUGGGACCUGAGCGAUGCCCAGGUGGUGUGCAGGCAGCUGGGAUGUGGAGAUGCUGUUUCUGCAACAUCAGGGGCCUCCUUUGGACAAGGCAGUGGCAGCAUCUACCUGGAUGAUGUGAACUGUGCAGGCUGGGAGUCAUCCAUCUUCCAGUGCAGCCACCGUGGCUGGGGCGUCCACAAUUGCGGCCACAAUGAAGAUGCUGGUGUUGUGUGCUCAGGUACCACUGGUUUCACUAGAAAAUGCCUUUGUGUUAAAUCUCUUCCCACGUUUUCCACACCUCCUUCUCUCCCAGGUGCCACCAUCAGCCUGGUGAACGGCGGGAGCCGCUGCGAGGGUCGCGUGGAGAUUUCCCACUCUGGGGGCCGGGGCACUGUCUGUGAUGAUGACUGGGACCUGAGCGAUGCCCAGGUGGUGUGCAGGCAGCUGGGAUGUGGAGAUGCUGUUUCUGCAACAUCAGGGGCCUCCUUUGGACAAGGCAGUGGCAGCAUCUACCUGGACGAUGUGAACUGUGCAGGCUGGGAGUCAUCCAUCUUCCAGUGCAGCCACCGUGGUUGGGGCGUCCACAAUUGUGGCCACAGUGAAGAUGCUGGUGUUGUGUGUUCAGGUACCACGGGUUUGACUGCCUGCAUACUAUGGCUAAAAUCUCUUCCCACGUUUUCCACACCUCCUUCUCUCCCAGGUGCCACCAUCAGCCUGGUGAACGGCGGGAGCCGCUGCGAGGGUCGCGUGGAGAUUUCCCACUCUGGGGGCCGGGGCACUGUCUGUGAUGAUGACUGGGACCUGAGCGAUGCCCAGGUGGUGUGCAGGCAGCUGGGAUGUGGAGAUGCUGUUUCUGCAACAUCAGGGGCCUCCUUUGGACAAGGCAGUGGCAGCAUCUACCUGGAUGAUGUGAACUGUGCAGGCUGGGAGUCAUCCAUCUUCCAGUGCAGCCACCGUGGUUGGGGCGUCCACAAUUGCGGCCACAAUGAAGAUGCUGGUGUUGUGUGUUCAGCUGCCACAAGCACAACUACAUUCAGCCCAAAAUCUCUUCCCACGUUUUCCACACCUCCUUCUCUCCCAGGUGCCACCAUCAGCCUGGUGAACGGCGGGAGCCGCUGCGAGGGUCGCGUGGAGAUUUCCCACUCUGGGGGCCGGGGCACUGUCUGUGAUGAUGGCUGGGACCUGAGCGAUGCCCAGGUGGUGUGCAGGCAGCUGGGAUGUGGAGAUGCUGUUUCUGCAACAUCAGGGGCCUACUUUGGACAAGGCAGUGGCAGCAUCUACCUGGACGAUGUGAACUGUGCAGGCUGGGAGUCAUCCAUCUUCCAGUGCAGCCACCGUGGUUGGGGCGUCCACAAUUGUGGCCACAGUGAAGAUGCUGGUGUUGUAUGCUCAGGUACCACGGAUGCCACCAUCAGCCUGGUGAACGGCGGGAGCCGCUGCGAGGGUCGCGUGGAGAUUUCCCACUCUGGGGGCCGGGGCACUGUCUGUGAUGAUGACUGGGACCUGAGCGAUGCCCAGGUGGUGUGCAGGCAGCUGGGAUGUGGAGAUGCUGUUUCUGCAACAUCAGGGGCCUCCUUUGGACAAGGCAAUGGCAGCAUCUACCUGGAUGAUGUGAACUGCACAGGCUGGGAGUCAUCCAUCUUCCAGUGCAGCCACCGUGGUUGGGGCGUCCACAAUUGUGGUCACAAUGAAGAUGCUGGUGUUGUGUGCUCAGGUACCACUGGUUUCACUGCCUGUGCCACUAUCAGCCUGGUGAACGGCAGGAGCCGCUGCGAGGGUCGCGUGGAGAUUUCCCACUCUGGGGGCCGGGGCACUGUCUGUGAUGAUGACUGGGACCUGAGCGAUGCCCAGGUGGUGUGCAGGCAGCUGGGAUGUGGAGAUGCUGUUUCUGCAACAUCAGGGGCCUACUUUGGACAAGGCAGUGGCAGCAUCUACCUGGACGAUGUGAACUGUGCAGGCUGGGAGUCAUCCAUCUUCCAGUGCAGCCACCGUGGCUGGGGUGUCCACAAUUGUGGCCACAGUGAGGAUGCUGGUGUUGUGUGUUCAGGUACCACGGAUGCCACCAUCAGCCUGGUGAACGGCGGGAGCCGCUGCGAGGGUCGCGUGGAGAUUUCCCACUCUGGGGGCCAGGGCACUGUCUGUGAUGAUGGCUGGGACCUGAGCGAUGCCCAGGUGGUGUGCAGGCAGCUGGGAUGUGGAGAUGCUGUUUCUGCAACAUCAGGGGCCUCCUUUGGACAAGGCAAUGGCAGCAUCUACCUGGAUGAUGUGAACUGUGCAGGCUGGGAGUCAUCCAUCUUCCAGUGCAGCCACCGUGGCUGGGGCGUCCACAAUUGCGGCCACAAUGAAGAUGCUGGUGUUGUGUGCUCAGGUACCACUGGUGCCACCAUCAGCCUGGUGAACGGCGGGAGCCGCUGCGAGGGUCGCGUGGAGAUUUCCCACUCUGGGGGCCGGGGCACUGUCUGUGAUGAUGGCUGGGACCUGAGCGAUGCCCAGGUGGUGUGCAGGCAGCUGGGAUGUGGAGAUGCUGUUUCUGCAACAUCAGGGGCCUCCUUUGGACAAGGCAGUGGCAGCAUCUACCUGGACGAUGUGAACUGCACAGGCUGGGAGUCAUCCAUCUUCCAGUGCAGACACAAUGGCUGGGGCAACCACAACUGUCGCCACAGUGAAGAUGCUGGUGUUGUGUGCUCAGCUGCCACAAGCACAACUACAUUCAGCCCAAAAUCUCUUCCCACGUUUUCCACACCUCCUUCUCUCCCAGGUGCCACCAUCAGCCUGGUGAACGGCAGAAACCCCUGCGAGGGUCGCGUGGAGAUUUCCCACUCUGGGGGCCGGGGCACUGUCUGUGAUGAUGGCUGGGACCUGAGUGAUGCCCAGGUGGUGUGCAGGCAGCUGGGAUGUGGAGAUGCUGUUUCUGCAACAUCAGGGGCCUCCUUUGGACAAGGCAAUGGCAGCAUCUACCUGGACGAUGUGAACUGUGCAGGCUGGGAGUCAUCCAUCUUCCAGUGCAGCCACCGUGGUUGGGGCGUCCACAAUUGUGGCCACAGUGAGGAUGCUGGUGUUGUGUGCUCAGGUACCACUGAUGCCACCAUCAGCCUGGUGAACGGCAGAAACCGCUGCGAGGGUCGCGUGGAGAUUUCCCACUCUGGGGCCCGGGGCACUGUCUGUGAUGAUGGCUGGGACCUGAGAGAUGCCCAGGUGGUGUGCAGGCAGCUGGGAUGUGGAGAUGCUGUUUCUGCAACAUCAGGGGCCUCCUUUGGACAAGGCAAUGGCAGCAUCUACCUGGACGAUGUGAACUGCGUGGGAUCAGAAUCAUCCAUCUUCCAGUGCAGCCACCGUGGUUGGGGCGUCCACAAUUGUGGCCACGGUGAAGAUGCUGGUGUCGUGUGCUCAGGUACCACUGAGGCAACUCCCUACGUCCACCUGGUGAACGGAAGGCACCGGUGUGAAGGUCGCGUUGAGAUCUACUACCGGGGACGGUCGGGGACAGUGUGUGAUGACUUCUGGGACCUCCCUGACGCCCAGGUUGUGUGCAGGCAGCUGGGCUGUGGCAGGGCCAUUGCAGCUCUGGGAAGUGCCUACUUCGGGCAGGGCUCGGGUGACAUCGUGCUGGACAACGUGAGGUGCAGUGGAAAUGAGGCGUCCUUGCUGCGCUGCAACCACACAGGGUGGAGGAUCCACAACUGCGCCCACUACGAAGACGCUUCAGUUGUCUGUUCAGAGGAGUCUGAUUCAAAACCAAUGUCUACAGCAGAUUCAGCACUGGGGACAGCCUCCACAGUAUGGACAACACCCAUAGAACCAAUGAUGUCUCUAAGAGAGACAUCAAUGCCAGCAUCAAGAGUCUUCACAAAUGAGAUGACAUCCCCUGAGGAGAUGGUCACAACUGGAUUAACCACCAGCACAGAGGAGUACCCCUGGUCUUCCUUCCCAGACCUGACUGCACUGCAGAUAGACUCCCAAAAUGACAGGAGAGAGUUCUCCCAUUAUUUGUCCAGCUCUGCUUUUCAUGUCCAUUGCCAUUGCACUAAUGACCUCCUUAGCAGGAGCAUCCAGCCCAACAUACUCGACCAGCGCACCGCCACCCACCAGCCCACCAGAGACGCCCACCUCAGCAGAGACGUCCACCUCAGCAGUGAUGCCCACUUCAGUAGUGAUGCCCACCUCAGCAGAGAUGUCCACCUCAGCAGAGACGUCCACCCCAGCAGAGAUGCCCAGCUCACCAGAGACAACCACAUUCACAAGGAUGACAACCUCACCCUUGUUGGGCACCUCAGAGAAAAUAGCUAUGAGGCCAGAGGAGAACACACCAGCAGCCCCGUUGCAGUGGCCCAUGUGGGCAGAGAAGAGAGCUGGGCUGCUGUGAGCUCAUCCUUGUCCCCGUGCCGUGUGCCAGGGCCCGGCGUGCGGCUGUCGGGCGGCAGGAACGGCUGCGAGGGCCGCGUGGAGCUGUACGACGGCAGCACCUGGGGCACCGUGUGUGACGACCAGUGGGACCUGAGGGAUGCCCAGGUGCUGUGCCAGCAGCUGGGCUGUGGCCAGGCCCUGGCUGCGCUGGACACUGCUCACUUUGGCCCGGGCUCCGGCCACAUCUUCCUGGACGACGUGCAGUGCCGCGGGGACGAGCCCUCCCUGCAGAUGUGCCGGCACAGCGGCUGGGGCAUGCACAACUGCAGGCACGUGGAGGAUGCCAGUGUCAUCUGUGCAGGGCCCAGCGUGCGGCUGUCGGGCGGCAGGAACGGCUGCGAGGGCCGCGUGGAGCUGUACGACGGCAGCACCUGGGGCACCGUGUGUGACGACCAGUGGGACAUGCAGGAUGCCCAGGUGCUGUGCCAGCAGCUGGGCUGUGGAGAGCCCCUGGAUGCCCCACAAAAUGCUCACUUUGGCCCGGGCUCCGGCCGCAUCUUCCUGGACGACGUGCAGUGCCGCGGGGACGAGCCCUCCCUGCAGAUGUGCCGGCACAGCGGCUGGGGCGUGCACAACUGCGGGCACGUGGAGGAUGCCAGUGUCAUCUGUGCAGCUGCCAAUCCAACCACUCCUUCUCAGUGGCCCCUCACAACAGGGCCCGGCGUGCGGCUGUCGGGCGGCAGGAACGGCUGCGAGGGCCGCGUGGAGCUGUACGACGGCAGUACCUGGGGCACCGUGUGUGACGACCAGUGGGACCUGCAGGAUGCCCAGGUGGUCUGCCAGCAGCUGGGAUGUGGCCAGGCCCUGGAUGCCCCACGCAACGCUCGCUUUGGCCCGGGCUCUGGCCGCAUCUUCCUGGAUGACAUGCAGUGCCGUGGGGACGAGCCCUCCCUGCAGAUGUGCCGGCACAACGGCUGGGGCGUGCACAACUGCGGGCACGUGGAGGAUGCCAGUGUCAUCUGUGCAGGACUCAAGCCCAUGCCAUCCAAAAUCCCCAUUCUUGCACAGACAGGGGGAACAGCAGGAUCUCCACAAUUCCUGCUGUUGGCAUCCACUGAUGAGGUAACUCCAGCCCCCCAGCCCCCUGCCUGGCCUUGCAGCAGCCCCGUUGCAGUGGCCCAUGUGGGCAGAGAAGAGAGCUGGGCUGCUGUGAGCUCAUCCUUGUCCCCGUGCCGUGUGCCAGGGCCCGGCGUGCGGCUGUCGGGCGGCAGGAACGGCUGCGAGGGCCGCGUGGAGCUGUACGACGGCAGCACCUGGGGCACCGUGUGUGACGACCAGUGGGACCUGCAGGAUGCCCAGGUGGUCUGUCAGCAGCUGGGCUGUGGCCAGGCCCUGAGAGCCCCAGGCAACGCUCGCUUUGGCCCGGGCUCCGGCCGCAUCUUCCUGGACGACGUGCAGUGCCGCGGGGACGAGCCCUCCCUGCAGAUGUGCCGGCACAGCGGCUGGGGCAUGCACAACUGCGGGCACGUGGAGGAUGCCAGUGUCAUCUGUGCAGAGACUCAAAUAAAUGCCUUGUGCCAUUUGUCAGGGCCCAGCGUGCGGCUGUCGGGCGGCAGGAACGGCUGCGAGGGCCGCGUGGAGCUGUACGACGGCAGCACCUGGGGCACCGUGUGUGACGACCAGUGGGACCUGCAGGAUGCCCAGGUGGUCUGUCAGCAGCUGGGCUGUGGCCAGGCCUUGAGAGCCCCAGGCAACGCUCGCUUUGGCCCGGGCUCCGGCCGCAUCUUCCUGGACGACGUGCAGUGCCGCGGGGACGAGCCCUCCCUGCAGAUGUGCCGGCACAGCGGCUGGGGCAUGCACAACUGCGGGCACGUGGAGGAUGCCAGUGUCAUCUGUGCAGGGCCCGGCGUGCGGCUGUCGGGCGGCAGGAACGGCUGCGAGGGCCGCGUGGAGCUGUACGACGGCAGCACCUGGGGCACCGUGUGUGACGACCAGUGGGACAUGCAGGAUGCCCAGGUGGUCUGUCAGCAGCUGGGCUGUGGCCAGGCCUUGAGAGCCCCAGGCAACGCUCGCUUUGGCCCGGGCUCUGGCCGCAUCUUCCUGGACGAUGUGCAGUGCCGCGGGGACGAGCCCUCCCUGCAGAUGUGCCGGCACAGCGGCUGGGGCAUGCACAACUGCGGGCACGUGGAGGAUGCCAGUGUCAUCUGUGCAGGGCCCGGCGUGCGGCUGUCGGGUGGCAGGAACGGCUGCGAGGGCCGCGUGGAGCUGUACGACGGCAGCACCUGGGGCACCGUGUGUGACGACCAGUGGGACAUGAGAGAUGCCCAGGUGGUCUGUCAGCAGCUGGGCUGUGGCCAGGCCCUGAGAGCCCCAAGCAACGCUCGCUUUGGCCCGGGCUCCGGCCGCAUCUUCCUGGACGACGUGCAGUGCCGCGGGGACGAGUCCUCCCUGCAGAUGUGCCGGCACAGCGGCUGGGGCAUGCACAACUGCGGGCACGUGGAGGAUGCCAGUGUCAUCUGUGCAGCUCCCCAGCCAACCCCUCCUCCUCAAUGGCCACUCACAACAGGGCCCGGCGUGCGGCUGUCGGGUGGCAGGAACGGCUGCGAGGGCCGCGUGGAGCUGUACGACGGCAGCACCUGGGGCACCGUGUGUGACGACCAGUGGGACAUGCAGGAUGCCCAGGUGGUCUGUCAGCAACUGGGCUGUGGCCAGGCCUUGAGAGCCCCAGGCAACGCUCGCUUUGGCCCGGGCUCCGGCCGCAUCUUCCUGGACGACGUGCAGUGCCGUGGGGACGAGCCCUCCCUGCAGAUGUGCCGGCACAGCGGCUGGGGCGUGCACAACUGCGGGCACGUGGAGGAUGCCAGUGUCAUCUGUGCAGCUUCAGCGGCCACCUCAACACCUCCACCAGCACCUUAUUUUUGUGGUGGCUCGGUCUCAGAUCCCUCUGGGGUGCUGCAGAGUCCCAACUACCCUGGAAAUUAUCCAAACGACGCUGACUGCGUGUGGGAAAUACAAGUGGAGAAUAAUUUCCGUGUAACGCUGACAUUUAGAGAUAUUGUGAUGCAAAGUGGGACAUGCCAGCAUGACUACAUUGAAGUCUAUGAUGGACCUCUCCACUCUUCCCCUCUUCUUGGGAGAUUCUGUUCUGGCUCCUUUCCCACAUACGUGUCCUCUUCAAACAUGAUGAGUGUUCGCUUCCACACUGAUUCCAGAUUCUCCUUCAGAGGCUUUCAGGCUCACUACUCCUCCAUUCCAGCAGGUCACAACACCACCAUUCAGUGCUUGCCAGACUACAUGCACGUAGUGGUCAGCAGAGAUUACCUUCAGUCCCAGGGAUACUCAGCACGGAGGGUCACCUUGAAUGACAAUCGCUGCAGACCGACAGUCACCUCACAGGAGGUUGUAUUCAACAUCCCCUACAACGGCUGUGGGACAAUACAAGAGGAGAACAACGACACAAUCAACUACUCCAACACCAUCAGGGUGGCAUCUUCCGGGUACAUAAUCAAGAGGAAGAAGAACAUCAACUUGCACGUCAGCUGCAAAAUGCUGAGGAAGAGCUGGCAGCAGGUGGUGUACGCCGCUGAGGACACCGUGGAUGUGGACGUGUACCAGUUUGGGAGAUACAACAUGAACAUCACCUUCUACGAGUCCCCGGCGUUCCGGCGCCAAGUGCGCGCCUCUCCCUACUACAUCGGCCUCAACCAAAACCUCUACCUGCAAGCCUGUCUCCACAGCUCGGACCCAAACCUGAAGGUGGUCGUGGACACGUGUGUGGCAGCGCCUGACCCCCGGGAUUUUAACACGCUGGCCUAUUACUUAGUCAGGAAUGGGUGUCCUAGAGAUUCUUCCUAUGCCACCUACUACUCCCCUUCCAGCCACUUUGCUCGGUUCAAGUUCAACGCCUUCGAGUUCAUGAGCCGGCACCCGUCGGUGUACCUCAAGUGCCAGAUGCUGGUCUGCAGGCUCGGGGACUACUCCUCCCACUGCUACAGGGGCUGCAGCUCCAGGCCCAAGAGGGACGCCAGCCCUGCUGAGGAACAAGUGGAAGUGGUGGUUGGGCCCCUCCAGCUCCGAGGAGGGGAUGCUCCCAAUGCAGUGCAGUCCACUGUUGCACCAACAGCCUCUGCAGGUACUUCAGAACCAAACCUGAUACCUGCUGCCCUGGAAGCAAAUGUGACAACCCCGGCUGCAGAAAUCCUUUCCACACGGGCUGGAGGUGUAAACACACCAACAGCCCCUCCUAAUGCAGAUGUAAACACACCAACAGUCUCUCCUCCUGCUGAACCUGCAGGUGUAACCACAUCAACAGGCCCUCCUAGUGCUGCACCAGCAGACAUCACCCCUGAUAAGUAA